AUGUAUUCACAACCUGAUAGCGGCUCUGAUGUAAAAAUAAUUGUUGGAAGUGAACCAAAUAUUAAAGAAUUUAACGUGCAUUCAUCAGUUUUACGAUCUUGUUCUCCUUAUUUUCAAAGAGCUCUAUCAGAGCGAUGGAAGGAUAAAAAACAUGGUGUAUAUAUUAUUACAAAGCCAAAUAUUCAUCCUAAUAUUUUCAUGUUAAUUCUUGAUUUUAUUUUUUCAUUUACCGAUCCAUCAAAUCCAAUAUUGAGUAGAGUAAAAACUGAAAGUAAAAAUAAGGCGAUUUGUAAUAAUGAAUUAUAUGGACCUUAUUUUGGAGAAUCGGAUUUAUACAUGAAAGAAUCAAAUCGUUGGACUAGUAACUGGAGAACUUAUGAACAUAACAUAACUUAUUCAAGCCAAUUAAUUGCUGAAGAAUAUGAAAUAUUAGCAUUUGAUAAUUAUAAUCCAGUGAUAAUUAAUAUAUUUCUAAAAAUUUUGAGAAUGAUCACUUGUCUUAAAAUAGCAGUUAUUGAGAUAGUGGUAGAAUAG